AUGUCUCUCAACAAGAAGGUCGUCCUCAACUCCGGCAAGGAGAUCCCUCAACUCGGCUUCGGUACCUGGCAAUCUGCCCCUGGUCAGGUUGGUGAGGCUGUCUACGAGGCCUUGAAGGCCGGCUACCGUCACUUGGAUUUGGCCACCAUCUACCAGAACCAGCGUGAAGUCGCUGCUGGUAUCAAGAGAGCCUACCAGGACGUCCCGGGUCUCAAGCGUGAGGACAUUUUCAUCACAUCCAAGCUGUGGAACAGCCAGCACGACCCCGCCGUUGUUGAGAAGUCUUUGGACGAGUGCUUGGCUGAGCUUGAGCUCGACUACCUUGACCUCUACCUCGUUCACUGGCCCGUCGCCUUCAAGACUGGCAACGCCUACUUCCCUCUCGUCGAGGGCAGCAACGUCGAGGGCGGUGAUGUCCAGAUUGAAGACAACAUCUCCAUCGUCGACACCUGGAAGGCCAUGACCCAGCUCCCCAAGUCCAAGGCCCGCUCCGUUGGUGUUUCCAACCACACUGUUGAGCACCUCGAGGCUCUCAUCAACGCCACCGGUGUUGUUCCCGCCGCCAACCAGAUCGAGCGUCACCCUCUCCUCCAAAGCACCAAGUUGAUCGACUACUGCAAGGAGAAGAACAUUCACAUCACCGCUUACUCUGCCUUCGGUAACAACAUGAUCGGCGAGCCCCUUCUGAUCACCCGCCCCGAAGUCAAGGAAGUCGCCGAGGCGGUCUCCAAGCGUACCGGCGAGGAAGUCAACCCCGCCCAGGUCAUCCUCGCCUGGUCCCAGGUCGGUGGCCACAGUGUCAUCCCCAAGUCGGUCACUCCCUCGCGUAUCGCCGCCAACUUCAAGGAGAUUGAGCUUGUCGACGAAGAAAUCGCCAAGAUCACUGCCAUCGGCAACACACCCAGACGGUACAACAUUCCUUACACGGCCAACAAGCCUCGCUGGAACAUUAACAUCUUCGGCGAGCCUGAGGAGGCUCCUGCUACCCACAAGGUUGUUGUCUAG